AUGGAGGGCAUCCCGGGCCCUCUCAAGGUCAAGGCGUCCUGGUUCCGGAGGGGCUCCCGGCCCUGCUCCCCGCCUCCCGCGCCCUCACCCUGCCCCUUUUGGCACCGAGGCCUCCAGGUGUCCCGCUCGAAGGCGGAGCCGGAUCACAGCCGCCUCCCCGGCGCCGUAGAGAAGACCCCCGGGAGCUCGCAGCUCCGGCGUCCCGGGCCUCCCGGCGUCCGCGCUCCUCCCCCCGGCGCCUCCCGAUCCCCGAGCGCAGCCCGACCCCGGGCCCGCAACCCCCGCACCAUGCGCGCCCCGCCGCCCCGCAGCCCGCCUGCGCUCUGGCCCGCCGCGCCGCUGCUGCUCCUACUACUGCUCGUCGCCCGGCCGCGCCUCUCCGUGCGCGCGGAUGGGAAGCUCUUCGUGCCGGAGUCUCAGAAUGGCACACAGGACCUGGAUCUGGAGGCUGCUCGACUUUCCUGCAAGAGCAGGGGAGCUCACCUGGGGUCUGCAGAAGAGCUGAGAAGGGUGGUCCAAGACUGCACCUUUGCAGUAUGCACCACAGGCUGGCUGGCUGAUGGCACCCUCGGGACAACUGUGUGCAGCAAAGGGAGUGGUGAACAACAAGUCAUGAGAGCUGUCGAUGUGAUAAUUGAGAGCCACCCAGUUCCUGGUGGCAUGUACAAUGCCUUUUGUAUUAAGGAUGAAGAGAGGCCAUGUGGAGACCCACCUUCCUUCCCACACACCAUCCUGCAGGGCCACACUGGCUUGGAGAUGGGGGAUGAGCUCCUGUAUGUGUGUGCCCCGGGGCCCACUGCCAGCCAUCAAGAACCGGCCUUCACCUUGCUGUGUAACAGCUGUGGGGAAUGGUAUGGCCUGGUGCAGGCCUGCGGGAAAGAUGAGGCUGAGGCCCACAUUGACUACGAAGAUAAUUUCCCUGAUGACAGAUCUGUGUCAUUCAGAGAGCUCAUGGAAGAUUCUCGGACAGAGACAGAAGAGGAGAAAGGUCAGGGAGAUACCUCUGAGGAGACACCAAAACAAGACCGUCUGGUCUUCAUUUCUGUGGGGAAAGAAAAUAUAGCCCAAGAAAAGGCCUUUGUGCCAGCCACAGGCUUGCCUGGUGCUGGGAGCAUUGUCCCCACAGCCUUGCCAAGAUCCCAACUGAACCAAAAGGACUCAUUCUGGCUUCCUGUUGAGACUUUCCACAAGCCAGAGUUGAAAAAGGAGGUGGAUGAUGACACCAGAAAGCAGUUUCCUGCUGAAGACAACCACAGUGGAGUAAAACUGGUCCCAGGUGAGCCUGAAACCAGGCUGACCUAUGGCAGCACUGAUGGCCCCUCGGGGCCUUUAGAGGACAGGAAUGAAAGCAAGGCAGGAGAUCUAGCAGUGAGCAGCAGUGAUGGGUCCUGGUUAGAUGGCUACCCGGUAACAGAUGGGGCUUGGAGGAAAGUAGCAGCAGAAAGGGAGGAUGAUGAGGACAAAGGGGAUGGGUCAGUAAGCCUGGAUGAAAAUGUUCUCACAACCCCUGAUCAGCCUAUCGUCGUGGAAAGUAAGGAGCCCAGGAAUACCAUGCUCACACCAAGCAAUGACAUGACCCACAGUCUUGUUCUUCCAUCUCAAAUGCGAGAUGAAGAGGCUUUAGCCAGGAAUGUAUCUGAUACUGAGGGUCUCCGCAGUGGGGAUGGCAAUUUGACCAAGUACCAGUCAACAGUACUUUGGAGAUUCACUAUGGAGCAGUCUCCCAUGGUCACUCUACCCUAUGAACUUACCACCUCAACCCUGAAGACAACUGCUGUCCAGCAGAUGCCUAAUCACAUUCCCUCAAGUAACAUGGUGCCCACCCAGCUUCCAGUGGAAACUACUGCUUCAAAGGUCCAGGAUAGCUUCCCAUACCUGCUGUCUGAGGACUUCUUGGGACAGGAGGGUCCUGGGCCAGGUGCAAGUGAGCAGGAGCUUCUUCCAACUUUGGAGCCAUGUGUGGGUGACCAGUGUCCCAGCUUCAGCAGAGGCCCUGUGAUUGCCACCAUUGUCACUGUCCUGUGCCUGCUACUGCUCUUGGCAGGUGUGGGGGCAGUGUGGGGAUACCGCAGGUGCCAGCACAAGAGCUCUGUGUACAAGCUGAAUGUAGGCCAGCGGCAGACCCGGCACUACCACCAGCAAAUUGAGAUGGAAAAAGUCUAGCCAUCAUCAGAAUGAGCUCUCUCAAAGCCACUGGGAGCAAGAUUAACUGUGACACAUCACAUAGAUAAAUCACAAGAGCACAGGUGGAGUAGGGCUCAUCUUUUUUGACUCAGGUUUUUGUUCUAUAGGUUGAAAAGUGUCUCUGGAGGCACCAUGUGGGGCAGGAAGAUUUAGAAAGCAUUAUCACAUGUCAAUUCCCCUCAGCCAUCUUUCCUGGAAUUGAUGGCUCUAAUCCUAGGCCGAUGCUUGGCCUUAAUUCCCACACAAAGUCAAAAAUCACCUCUUAUUUCACCAGAUUAUUCUGUUUUCAUUUUUUUUCUCCCACCCCAUGUCUCCUUAUUCACAAUACAGACCAGGUGCAGGGCCUGGGGUGACAUGUAUGUGGGAUAAGUUUACCUUGCCUCCUCUUUCUGUACAGUCAGUGUAAGAGCACUGCAGUGAGCACCACGAGGCCUGUCUUUUCAUUUUUAAGAAGGAAAGUCAUUGACUCCGUGCCCUGAAAUGUUUGCAAUAAUUUGAGAAACUAAGCAUUGUAGGGCAAGUUGU